AUGGCGCGCCCUCUGGGGCCGGUCCGCCUGCGGAGGACAAAUUACCUCACAUUGUCUAUCGGCGCGAUUCUCUGUAUCUUUAUAAUUUACUUCCUCUCUCAUACCGGUUCGACUUCACAAUCCGCCAAUGCGAGCCGAUCCGCUACCCGUAAGCCCAGCACGAAGUCGAGUCUAAUCGUCGAACGGCCUCCUGUCCGGCGCUUCAACUUAAAUAGUGUUACAAUUACCCCGGAUCCGAUUGGAAACCGAGAGGCUGUCCUUAUUUUAACUCCAAUGGCGCGUUUCUACCAGGAAUAUUGGGACAACUUACUAAAAUUACAAUACCCUCGAGAUCUGGUUACGCUUGCCUUUAUCUUACCUAAAAAUAAGGAGGGUAAUGCAGCGACUACUGCGCUGCAGGCUCAAAUCACGAAGACACAAAAAGGCCCUGUUAAGGAACGAUUUAGGAGUAUAAUUAUCGAACGACAGGAUUUCGAUCCUCCUCUAACAUCUCAAGAUGAAAGCGAACGACAUAAGAUGGAGAACCAGAAGGCGAGACGAGCCUCGAUGUCUAGAGCACGGAAUUCGCUGCUUUUCACCACGCUGGGAGCCGAUACAUCAUGGGUAUUAUGGUUAGAUUCCGAUAUCAUCGAGACACCACCUACUUUGAUACAAGACCUUGCGUCACACGAUAAGCCCAUCAUAGUACCGAAUUGCUAUCAGAGAUAUAUUGACUCGGAAACGGGAAAGCCUAAGGAACGCCCGUACGACUUUAAUAGUUGGCAGGAUAGCCCGACCGCGCAAGAAAUCGCCUCUAAGAUGAACCAGGAUGAGAUUAUCCUCGAAGGAUACUCCGAAAUGGCAACCUACCGGGCCUUAAUGGCUUACAUGGCGGAGAAGGAGGAUGAAAAACACUUGGAAGUACCCUUAGACGGUGUUGGUGGCACUGCAUUGCUAGUUAAAGCGGAUGUUCACCGUGACGGUGCUAUGUUCCCGCCUUUCCCAUUCUACCAUCUAAUCGAGACCGAAGGGUUUGCGAAGAUGGCGAGGAGGUUAGGCUGGCAUGCUACUGGAUUACCUAACUAUAAAGUUUAUCAUUACAACGAAUAG